AUGGCGGCUGACAACUUGGAAAAAAACCAAACGGCUUCCUCCAGGGAGUCGUUGGAAAAGAACCAGACUACCUCAGACAACUUGAAUGACACCGCUAACGACUCUGACUCUGUCAGCGAGGUUGCCUCGACGAUGGCAGUCAAGUCCUUUGGCGUGAGGCAGACGGAAAUGGAGAUUGAGCAAGUCCAAGGCAUCUUGUUCAAGGUGAUUUUCUACUUCACCGUAUUCAUCUGUUUCUACAUCAAAAAUGUCGCUGCCACCGUCAUGAAUGUGUUUGUCAGUUAUGCCACAAACUCGUACAAGCAGCACUCGUUGAUGUCCACCGUGGGUGUCAUUAGAGGUGUUGCUGCCACGGCGUCGUUGCCUUUCUUUGCUAGGCUCGCAGAUACCUAUGGCCGUUUGUUGUUGUUAGUGAUUUCCAUUCUUUUUGAAAUUGUGGGCGUCAUCAUUCAGUCUCAGGCUACCGAUGUGCAGAAGUACGCUGCCGGAGUGGCCAUUCAGAGUUUUGGCCAUGGCGGUACCAUGAUCACUUUGCAGGUUCAGUUGUCCGACGCUUCCUCCUUGCGCUACAGAAUGUUGGCUCUUGGUUUGGUGAAUGCCCAAACGAUCAUCAACACAUGGAGUACUGGUGACAUUGUGAACAUCAUGCAAGGAAAGUACAGCUGGAACUUCAGUGUUGGAAUGGCUUCACAAACUGAAGCAUGGAGGCACUUGAAGCAGGACCGCAGAGAUUAUUUCCUCUCCAAGGUUCCCCUGGCUGCCAAGUACUAUACUGGAGAGCCCACGGGCGAAAAAUGGUAUGUUGAGUUGCCCAAGCUUUUCGCUUUGAAGGUUGCUUACCAUGUCAAAUUGAUCUUCUGGUACGUCGACUUCAUUGGCUGUCUUUUACUUGCAGUCAUUCUCGGUCUCAUCUUGGUUCCUUUGACGUUGGCUGGUGGCGUUUCAAGCAAGUGGCAGCUGGGUAAAAUCAUUGGCCCCUUGGUGCUCGGUGUCGUUCUCAUUCCCGUGUGGGUUCUUUGGGAAACGAAACUCACCUCGCGUCCCAUGGCUCCAUUUAAGGUGAUGAAGAACCGUGGUAUUUGGGCUGCUCUCUUCCUCAGUAUCAUCAAUAACCUUGCCCGUGCUAUCGUCAACGACUAUGCGUAUCCUGUGCUUCUUGUUGGAAUGAAUGCUACUCCUACUGUAGCCACAAGAACUCCCAAAUUAACAUCAUUCGUUGCCGCUCUCACCAUCGGUUUCGUGGGUUUAGCUGUCUCCCGCGUCAGAAGGUCCAAGGGGUUCAUCCUCUUUGGAUGUGUUGCUAUGUUUGUUUCCAUGGGGCUCUUUGUCCACUUCAGAGGUACCAACGAUGGGAUGCGGGCAAAGUAUUACCGUGAUGGUAUUGCUAUCGCCAUGUGUAUCAGUGGUUUCUCCCAGGCCUUCUUGGAGAGACUUGUUAUGGUGUCUGCCCAGAGUUGUACCAACCACGAGUACAUGGCUAUCGUGUCUGCUUGUUUCUCUGCUUUCUACAGAGUUGGAUGGACAAUAGGAGACAGUAUCUCUGGUGCUAUCUGGACGCAGAGAAUGUACCACGAGAUUGAAAAGCAAAUGACACAGCUUGGUGUUGAUCCUGCUUUGGCCAAGCAGGCUUACCGGGCUCCAUACGACUUCAUCAAGAAACAUAAGUGGGGAACCCCUGCUCGCAGAGCUGUGAGUUUGGGCUACGCUCAAGUUCAAAAGUACCUUUCCAUCACUGCUCUUUGUCUUACUGUCCCAGUUGUUAUCUUUGCGCUCUUGUUGAGAGAUCACCGCUUGGGCGACAAGCAGAACUUGGACGACGAGACGUUUGAUGACGCUGAGAUGGGCAAGUCGCUCGCUGAUAAAACAAAGACGACGGUAUCGUUUACCAACGAUAAGGACUACAUUUUGAUUUUCUUGAAGAAGCUUAUUGGAAGGGGAGGUAAGACUCAAAACUAG